GUUUGGUCGCCUUUGGUCUAUAUCUAGUACCCUAGGUUAUACUCCAUAUAUUUUUUUUUGCCAUUCCAUGCCUGUUGUCAAACAACGACGAAUUUCUGUGGCAAGGAUAAAGCCCUGUGAGGGCUUCAAGCUCAUACCGUGUUGUCAGGCAGUUGCUUCUUGUAUCCUUCACCUAGAAAAUUGAAAUACCCCUGAGAAGUCAAAACCAAGGAACUCAGGUGGCCAGAAACCCGAAUAAGGAGGGCGAGGAGCCUGAAAUAACUCACAUCUCACAUGUUGAGCCGACGAUCUGACUCGAUGAUCUGACUCGGAUGAGUUUAUAUCAAGUCACGUGGGGUCGGGAUAAGGUAAUCCCGAGGCAACAAUUUUCCCCCGAACGAGCAUGUCCCGGGUGUACUUGAUUUAUACUUAUAGCCCAUUUCUCCAUUAUACGGCUCAAUGGCAGACUCCUCGAGCUCUGCUACGCCAUCAGGCGCAAGCAAGCCCCAGGCGGCCCCGAAGCCGCCUAACCCAGCGUUCAAAAUGAUGGGCCUCCCUAAUAUGCGGUUCAAAUUGCCCUCUCGCAACUGGAUGAUAUUCCUUACUAUCACUGGAUCAUUCGCCGGUGCUCUUAUAUACGAUCGUCGGGAGAAGCGUCGCGUGCAACAAAAGUGGUCGGAGCUCGUGGCUCACAUUUCGAAAGAGACUCUGCCAAUCGACCAGAUGCGCCGGAAAAUGACAGUAUACCUCGCUGCGCCACCAGGAGAUGGCCUGCGUGUUGCCCGGGAUCACUUCAAGGAAUAUGUCAAGCCCAUCCUGGUGGCCGCGGCGUUGGAUUACACAGUGGUCGAAGGGCGACGUGAGGGCGACGUGAGAGCCAGCACGGCGGAAAACAUUCGCAAGCUGCGCCGAAAGGCCGGAGAGCCCAGCUCAGCCGUCGAAGAGGUCGGGGUGGAUGCAGUCGUUCUUGCCACCCGGGAACACAUCGGGGUCACUGAUGAACCGGGCCCCAAGGGCGACUUGGUCAUCGGCCGACACACCUGGAAGGAGUAUAUACGGGGCUUGCACGAGGGCUGGCUCGGCCCCUUGGAUGCGCCACCUCCGCCUCCGGAGGAGUCGACCGCGGAGUCGACCGCGGAUACACCGACGGACGUCAUCACAGAGAAACCCGCCAGCCUCGCAAACCCCGAGAUUGCGAGCAUCGAUUCCCCGGAGUUCUCUGAGGAGAAAAAAGACGAAAUUCCAGAGCCUAAGAUUGAGGAACCCGAGAAGGAAGAAGAGAAGGAAGAAGAAAAGCCUGCUAAGCCAGCCGGUCCUACUCCUGCAUACAUCUACCCCAGCGAAUACUCGUCCGCCAUCCUCCCCCACACUAUCCCCCAGUCCUUCGACAGCUCCACCCCAGUCGAAUUCCCCCAUCUCCUUGGCUUCCUGAACACCCCGAUCCGAGUCUACCGCUUCCUCACACAACGUUACCUUGCCGAGGACGUCGGGCGCGACGUUGCCGCACUUGUCCUCGCGAAUAGCGCACGGCCAUACCGCGAGGACACCUUCAGCGCAGACUCCGAGUCCACGGCCGCCAGCGUUGAAUCCACCCCUUCUCCUGACAGCUCGUUCACCGACCUCACCCCUCGCAACUAUGAACAGCAGACUGUAAUGGAGGCUGCUGAAAAAGAGUGGCACAAGUCUGUGCACAAGCGGGAGGAAGACGAGACGGUGAAGGAGCGCGAGUGGCUCGAUGAUAUUGUGCUUGAUCAGCGCAUUGCCUCGCGCAUGCAGCGCGCCACCCUUUCCCCGGAAGACGAGGUGCGCUCUCAACGCAUCGGCGAGCAACAGGAAUACAUUCUUGGCGAGGAGCGGCCUACUCCCGUGCCCUUCUGGAAGCGCAUGUGGAUCGAUUACGGCUACGGCGAGAGUGACGAGGUCCUGAGACGUAAGCCCAUUUUGGGCAAUAUCGACGGAGAAGACGGACAGUGA